AUGUCCCAUGUUGUUCUCCGCCUCCCAGAACUGCCGUCCAAGGGGGUGCAGCUGUAUGACACCCCCUAUGAGGAGCAGGACCGAGAGCCAGGAGAUGGGCCCCCUUCUGGAAGGAGACCUCGCCAGAGCCGGCUGCCUCAGGAGGAUGAGCGGCCAGCGGAUGAGUAUGAUCAGCCCUGGGAGUGGAAGAAAGACCACAUCUCCAAGGCGUUUGCAGUGCAGUUUGACGGCCCGGAGUGGGAAAGGACCCCAGGCUCAGCCAAAGAGCUCCGGAAACCCGCAUCCAGAAGCCCCCAGCCCGCAGAGCGCGUGGACCCGGCCCUGCCCCUGGAGAAACAGCCGUGGUUCCACGGCCCACUGAGCCGGGCCGAUGCUGAGAGCCUCCUGUCGCUCUGCAAGGAAGGCAGCUACCUCGUGCGGCUCAGCGAGACCAGUCCCCAAGACUGCUCCCUGUCCCUCAGGGGCAGCCAGGGCUUCCUGCACCUGAAGUUCGCACGGACCCGAGAGAACCAGUUCGUGCUGGGUCAGCACAGCGGCCCCUUCGCCAGCGUCCCGGAGCUGGUCCUGCAUUACGGCUCCCGGCCGCUGCCCGUGCAGGGCGCUGAGCACCUGGCCCUACUGUACCCGGUGGUCGUGCAGACGCCCUGA